AUGUCGGCACCGCAACAGGGUUUUGUGCCUGAAAAGGUUCAGGAAGUCAACCGGCGCUCGUCCCAGGACGACAAGCGACCAGAGAACGCUCAGAAUGACAAAGAGAAGGAGAAACCCGAACCGCCGAGAGCGGAAAGCAAGAACCCGUUUUCUCCCAGCGUGUACCGGGGAAGAACGGCCGGCCAUUUUGAAAUGGGUCCUCGCGGCUUAGAUUACUCCCCUCACCGGAUGGGACUGGAGUUUUCCAACCGGCUCCGGGAUUAUGGGCCGCAGAGGUCCUCGUCCAUACAUGGACAUGAACUCACGGACGGUCCCAUGAAACCUGAAUAUUUGGGACAUCGAAGCCACUUCGGCAGUCAAAUAGUGCCCGGCGGGAUACACCCUGAUGUCGUCUAUCGGCAGGAGUACUACGGUCAGGUGGGAUUCCCCCCGACAAGAACGCCUCGUUUCUCGUCGCAGGAGUAUCUGAAUGCGCCCGCGCAGUACGGAAGGUGGCAGGACUAUCGCGUCGAUUACAGGCAGCGCCGCCGGUCGCAACAGGACCUACAUUCUAUAGAGCACAGUCCUGAAUCAGGUAUUGUUGUCACAAAAAUUCGCGUUCUUUUUUGUAUAUAA